CCGGGAGGGGCGAGUCCCGUCCAGGCUGGCUGCCUGGGGCUGGGGCAGAGUUCCAGGCCAACAGCCCCAGCCCGGGUCGUGCCGCUCAGCUGCGCCUGCUGGCCAGCGCUGGGAGCGGGCCUUGCUCGCCUGCCCUGCCUCUCAGCGGGCCGGGCUCCCUAGCCCGCUCAGUUCCACCACCCUGACAGUCUGAGGACAGUCACUCCGCCGUGGUCACAGCCAGGAAGCCGGGAAUUAGAACUCGCUGCCUGGUGUCCAGCCCCAGCCCCCGCAGCCGGCGGAGCCGUGACCUGAGUCUAGCCGGGAGUGGUGAGCAGCCCCUGCGCCCCAAGCGGUCCCGCCUGAGCCGGCCCCCUCUGCCCGCCGAGUGGGAGGGUAUUUCUGCAUCUUGAAGAUAAAGCAAAAGUCUCUUUUGGAAUAAAUGGAUUCUUGUCACUUUCUGUGAACUAAAGCGAUUCAAUGUCUCUUUUGGAUUGUUUCUGCACUUCAAGAACACAAGUUGAAUCACUCAGACCUGAAAAACAGUCUGAAUCCAGCAUUCAUCAAUACUUGGUCGAUGAGCCAACCCAUUCCUGGCUGCCUUCAUCUAAAACAACCAGUGGAGUGAUUUGUUCCACCAAUGUUUCUCACUAUGAGCUCCAAGUGGAAAUAGGAAGAGGAUUUGACAACUUGACGUCAGUCCAUCUGGCCCGGCAUACGCCUACAGGAACGCUGGUGACGAUCAAAAUUACAAAUCUGGAAAACUGUACUGAAGAACGCCUGAAAGCUUUACAGAAAGCAGUAAUUCUAUCCCACUUUUUCCGGCAUCCCAAUAUUACAACCUACUGGACAGUUUUUACUGUUGGCAGCUGGCUUUGGGUUAUUUCUCCAUUCAUGGCCUAUGGUUCAGCAAGUCAACUCUUGAGAACUUAUUUUCCUGAAGGAAUGAGUGAAACUUUAAUAAGAAACAUUCUCUUUGGAGCAGUGAGAGGGCUGAACUAUCUACACCAAAAUGGCUGUAUUCACAGGAGUAUUAAAGCCAGUCACAUCCUCAUUUCUGGUGACGGCCUGGUGACCCUCUCUGGCCUGUCCCACCUGCAUAGCUUGGUUAAGCACGGACAGAGGCACAGAGCAGUGUUUGAGUUCCCACCAUUCAGCACAUCGGUGCAGCCGUGGCUGAGUCCAGAACUACUGAGGCAGGACUUGCAUGGAUAUAGCGUGAAGUCAGACAUUUACAGUGUUGGGAUUACAGCAUGUGAACUGGCCAGUGGGCAGGUGCCUUUCCAGGACAUGCACAGGACUCAGAUGCUGUUACAGAAACUGAAAGGUCCUCCUUAUAGCCCUUUAGAUAUCAGUAUUUUCCCUCAGUCAGAAUCCAGAAUGAAAAAUUCCCGAUCUGGUAUAGAUUCUGGGAUUGGAGAAAGUGUACUUGCCUCCAGUGGAACUCGCACGGUCAAUAGCGACAGAUUGCAAACGCCAUCCUCAAAAACGUUCUCUCCUGCCUUCUUUAGCUUGGUACAGCUCUGUUUGCAACAAGAUCCUGAGAAAAGGCCAUCAGCAAGCAGCUUAUUGUCCCAUGUUUUCUUCAAACAGAUGAAAGAAGAAAACCAAGAUUCAAUACUUUCACUGUUGCCUCCUGCCUACCACCAGCCAUUAGUAUCACUGCCUCCAGGGACACCAUGGUCCGAGCCACAAUGUGAUUUCCCUGAUGAAAAAGACUCAGACUGGGAAUUCUAGGACAGCCACGUCCUUUUAUGUCCUAUUACUUGACACCUUUUCCCUGCUGCUUUUUCUUCUGUAUUGCUAGAUACAAACACUAGAAGUAUACUUGAAAAUACAGUUGGUGCACUGGAGAAUCUGUCAUUUUAAAAACCACUUUGUUCAAAGGAGCAUGAGUUGAUAGUACUUUUGGUCAGCUCAGAGAACUAUUCAAUUACAGAGAAACCUCAGAAUGAUUAAUUGAACUACACUUAGUGUCAUUAAUUUCAAAAAUUUCCCCCAAGCUGUGACUAACUCCUCUUCUUGAUUCCUCAUAUAAUACUUGAGCCAGUCAACUUUUUCAGCAUUUUGCUGUCCUUUAGGGAAUGAAUGGGCCCUCAGAGGCCGUGCUUCCAAGUCCUUUAUUUUCUUUCAGAUUCUCUAGCCUUUUUGAUCAGCUACUGUUAGACCAACAGGCUGGCUUAUCCUGGCAUUAAGUCUUCUUUUGGUAGAAGGAAGUAUGUUUGUACUUUCCCAUUUUCUUCUAUUAAUACUUAGGGUUAUAUCAAACUGAGCCUCACUCGCAUUAAAUGAUUCACUUGAAAUAUAUAGAGGUUGUAAUUUGCUUUUUUUUUAAGGGCCUGAAGUAAUACUUUUCUACUAAUGUAAAUUAUAGAUCCUAAAUUCAUGCACCCCGUGGGAGCUCAAUAAAGAUAUCUUGAAU